AUGACAGAGCAGCCGCUUCCGGCCACGCUGCUCCGACUCAUCCUUCUCCUAGCCGCCGGAAUUGAGGCCAACCUUGGACCUCUUCGGUACUGCUCGUUCCCUCAAGUCCGACUGGACCGCCGCGACUGGUCUGUGCGUUGCGACUCCUGCAAUGGCUGCUGUCCUCUUCGUUGUAGUGGCUUCACCAAAUCUACCGAUUUUUCGCCCGUCUUCACUUGCCCCGGCUGUCCCCUGUGCCUCUAUCUGCUCCUACACCUCUUGUCCUCCCCUUGCUCCUCCGGUUUCACCGCAUCUACUGCUCCCUACUUACCUUCUGAAGAUAGUUUGGUGCUAGGUGAUUUCAAUGCCCACUACGACCUUUGGUGCUCUAAUUUGGCGGCCAGUAAUGUAGAACACGUUUUCUUCGAAGUCCUCAACGAGGACAACCCAACGUCGCUUCCUCCCAACGGUGUACCCAGCUCGCCCGACGUUUCCCUCGCCAGUCUAAGCCUGGUAGUCUCCACCACGUGGAGCACGGAAAUCAACCUAUGGAGGAAUCAUCUCCCUAUACUGCCCAAAUUGGCCACCGCCGCUGACCGUAUCAAGGCUCCAAACAGGCACUUCAUCAACUUCAAUCAAGCCCAUUGGGCAGCGUUUACCGCCGAAUACGAAGCCGAUAUCGAUCUACUACCUCCUUCUACCUACGUCCACAGGGCGGAGCGAGCCCUCCGUCAACUCCUACUGGAAACAACAAGUCACCACAUCCCGAACGGCUACAUUCCCUUACUUCGUCCCAACUAUCCGCCUGAGACCUCCCGCCUUGAACGUGAAAGAGAUGAUAUACGAUAA